UGAUGACCUAUCCUUGUGACGAGCUAAGCUGAAAAAUUGAGUGACACUAAGACUGAAGGAAUGCAGUCUAUCUGGUGAAAAAAUCUUGGAAAAGCUGCUUUCCAAAUCGACGGAGUGGUUGUGAGGAAACGGUUGCCAUGUAUCGCAGCGAGAAACAUGCCAGCGGCUGUUUAGUGAAGUGAUGUGAAAGGCGAAAAGUAGCUAUGAUCAAAUACAACGGCAACGGUACGAUACGGUGGUGAAAGGCUUUUCUAUUGGCACGGUGUGAAACGUGCUUAUUGUUGAGCCACCGCAGCCAUAAAAUACAGUGAUUGAAGAAAGUGUGCGUGUGGCGUAGGGAAGAGUAUCAACCCGCUGUUGAUUUGAUUGCUUCGGAUAGUUCCAAUUCGUAGAAGGGAAGCUGCCUCAGGAUGCAUUUACAUUUUGAGAAAAGCACCAACACCAAGUGCGACUGCUCCAUACUGUCGCUGUCAUGGAUGGGAAAAGUGCCAGACGAUAUUCCAGAGGAGGAAGGAUGGAAGCUAAACCGUACGAACUACUACCAGGAAGGCUGGCUAGCAACCGGCAACGUGCGAGGGAUCGUUGGAGUUACCUUCACAACGUCACACUGCAAAAAGAACGUCGAAUAUCCCCUGCGGACAAACUACAACCUGCGAGGGCACCGCUCAGAUGUGAUACUGGUGAAAUGGAAUGAACCGUACCAGAAGCUGGCAAGCUGUGAUAGCUCCGGUAUCAUCUUCGUGUGGAUCAAGUACGAGGGACGGUGGAGCGUGGAGCUAAUAAAUGACAGAAACACGCCGGUAACACAUUUUUCCUGGUCACAUGACGGAAGGAUGGCGCUUAUAUGCUAUCAGGAUGGUUUCGUGCUCGUUGGGUCCGUCGCUGGCCAACGGUACUGGUCGUCGAUGCUAAAUCUGGAUGCCACUAUUACCUGCGGAAUCUGGACACCGGAUGACCAGCAGGUAUAUUUUGGCACAACGCAGGGCCAAAUCAUUGUGAUGGACGUACACGGGGCGAUGGUUUCGCAGGUUCAGCUCGGUUCGGACACCGGAAUCACGUCGAUGGCGUGGUCAUGCGAAAAGUUUAAAAUGGAGGAAGGCGAAGAUACGGAGCCGGGUGUGACAAAUGCUUCCAAACGUUCUUUUGUAUUAGCGGUAAGCUUUCAGAAUGGAUAUAUCUACUUGCUGAAGUCUUUCGACGACGUAUCGCCUUGUCACAUACAAACGGGGAUGAACGGGAAUCUGGGCUUUGUAAUGGAGUGGAGUAAUUCACGUGAACUGUUGGCUGUGGCCGGUAGUGAAGCAGUAGCCGAAUCGCAAACGACUGAUCCACCUGGAACGCCAGUGUACAAUAAUCUUCUGAAGUUUUACACCGAAUCGGGAAAUUUACUCUACUCAGCCAAAAUACCUUGCACUACGACUCCAGUAUCUGCGCUGACGUGGGGUCACAACGACAAACGGAUAUUCAUUGCUACGGGGACCCAGGUGCACAUAGCAUGGGUUUCACGGAGGGUUGCUUCCUUACAAUUGUUCUGCCGACUACAGGUGCAAUCUUCACUGACGUCAGAAGCUAUGCUGCCCAAAUUGCCCCUACCUGGUCGAAUCAAAGCAUUGAUAGGCAAUCUUUUUGCCCAAACCAUUCGGUGCUGUGUUCCGGAUUUAAAAUAUUUGCGAGAAUUUGUUUCCCGGCCACCCGUGUGUUCCACUCGGUUACAUUGUACGAUGAUCCGACACGAUGAAGAUGCGAACCAAAGUUCUGGAACCUGUUAUACGUUGUACCUGGAAUUUCUUGGUGGAUUAGUUCCGCUGCUCAAAGGCAAACGAACGUCCAAAAUUCGACCGGAAUUUGUGAUAUUCGAUCCACAGAUUGAUGAAACUUCCUCUUACGUCACCUACUCAUCAGAUUCAACGAUCACCACUUCCAAGAGUUCAUCAGCGUCAAGUCAUUCGACGAGUGGAACCACAGGAAGGUCAGACAGUUCGGAAAGUGAUAUAGAAGAAGGUUGUCGAUCGCCUCGAAUGUCUAGGAAACGAAAAGCACGGACCAAAAAGCGUCAGCCCAGUAAUAACAACGAUCGCUCACCGAAUCAGAAUUCUGAUUCUACCGAAAAUAACGAGGAAUUAGCAUACCUGGAUACAUUACCAGAGCAUGUCAAACUGGUGGAAGUCACGUCAAAUAUCUGGGGAACUAAGUUCAAAAUUCACGGUCUGGCAAAAACACUUCCAGCAAAUCUUGGCCAAGUUACUUACAAAACCUCGUUACUUCAUCUGCAACCACGCCAAAUGACCUUGGUUAUCACUGAGCUUCGUGAUGACUUCCCAACAGGACCAGACCCCAAUUUCAAUCCCAACAUAUUUUCGGAGGACGAAGAGGACCACAACCAGACCCAUUUUGGAUCCAAUAGUCGCAAACUUGUCGAGACAGCCCCUCCAAUAGCUCCAAUGUCUCCUCGUCCAAAUCGAUUUCCUUCUCGACCGCGUCGUCAAACACCUUCCUCGCUCGCAUCAGGUUCCAACGGUCGCCCUCCGUUGCCCCAUUUAGGACCUCUAGCCCGUGCCGAAUCCUAUGAAGACGACACCGACGGCCCAGAUGUAGGAGAGCCAUCGCGAACUGUUGCGACUCCGCCCCGACAAGGAAUUAGUUACUCUAGUUUAGUAAGCCAAUGUAGUAGACCGUCAUCUGCGUCCAGUAGUCAAUCACGUGUUGCCAUAUCUCCUCUAUACUGUGAAGGUUCGGUACCAACGUUGCAGUCGCCGAAGAAUGCCGUCGCCCCCAGUGAUAUUAUUUUUGAUAGACCACCAGCCGGACAAACUACUCUUAUGAGUUACUCGAGCAACACUGAUUACGUGAACAAUGUUGUUCAGGUGAAAAACGCCCUCAUGUCCUCGGAUCACAGCCGUACCAACAAUCAGUCUCACGUCAAUCCCGUACCGUUGAACUUGAACCUCAAUCUGGAACGGAUAGAAGCCAAAGCUAACAAUAGCAGUAGUAGAGACUCUUCACAUUCCACGGGCAGCGGUAGUAAGCAUGGAACUCCGAAGAAGCAAAAUCUGAAGUACAUCGAUGAAGAAACUCCAUCUACCUCUGCUACACCGGUGGUUCCAGAACCCAGCACCAGUGGGACCAGCACUGGUGCUACCAUGAAACGCACGCCGACCGUUAUUUCAAUGACUCCCGUGGUAGCAAGUGGGAUUCCAGAAUCUAUCACCCGUAGCUGUAGUGUAGGCUAUCUAGAUAAUAUGGAAAUUGUUCCAAGUGAUGCUGUGCUUUCGAUGAUGCGAAAGGAAACUCCUUACAAGCGGUUAGUCUUAGUCGAUAAGAAGCGUCAGAAGAAGUACCGGCGAAAUUUUGAUGAUUUAAGGAAGGCAAAGCUCCGUCAGGGCUGUAAAUCAAAAAGUUUAGACUCAUGUGACAUACUGCAGGAUUCACCGAAUUUGAACCGCGACCUGAUAAACCUUUUCCGACAGAUGCCCAAAGUUAGUGAACUUUCAGAGAAUGAGACUGAAUAUUCCUCAUCAGAUCAGAUUGAACGAAUGCGUCCGAAUGCGUCAGCUACCGUUGGAUCAUCAUCUGCAGUUUCCACAAAACGAAGGCCAUCGAUGAAAUUUCCUGGAGUGACUGGCCCUAUUCUACCUAUCUCCAAAACACCUAUUCUCAAUCGGAAGGAGAAGCCAAAGUCUUGCUGUGUGUGCAAAACGAUAUCUCCGACAGUUAACUCUACGGAAACAGUAUGUGUCAAGUGCCGAAAGAAUGGAGGAUCCUCGAAUGGGGUAGAUAAGGAAAACAACAGCAUAGAAGAUAAUCAGAACCACAUUUACGUGGAUAUAAUAAGUACGAAGCCUCCUCAAGCUCCCCCCAAGGCCAAGCGUUCGAUACUUGAGCAAUACAUUAGCUCGGUUUAUAGCAAUAAUGGUGAACUGGUACUGAAGGAAACCUCCAGUUGUUCCAGUCACCAGUGUGUAAAAGCUUCCAGCGACAAGAAAAACAACAAUAGUAACGGAGACACUAAUGGAUCCUGUAGUACGCCAAAAUCUAGAAUAAGGAAAAACUUUGAAAUAGUGACAAGCUUUACCGAUAGUCCUCUGUUCAGCCGGAGACAUCGUUCCUUGAACCGUAACGAUUCCUCAAAAUUACAGAGCGAAAGCAACACUCCAGUAAUGAGUCGAAAAUCAGAAUCAAGUAAAAGCGAAAACGGCGAAAGUCGAAAAAGCAGACGAAAAGAAGAAUCACCUCGGCGGCAUCGUCGCAACGACAGUUGUCCCGGACCAAGUCUGGAAAACAACAACGGCGAGGGCCCUCCGCUUCAACCGGUGGAAAUCACCCCAGUCGAGCAGAAGGCUUCGGUUUCGCUGCACACGCAAGCUUUGACCACGCUGGAAAACAUCAUCAGUCGGUUAAGGGAUCUGGACGAAGGUCGUCUGACGCCACCUUCUUCCCCGUCGAAUUCCCGUUUGCCACGUAGUUCGCCGGCUUCGCCUGCUCCCAGUAAAAAGAGCAAACGUCACCAAAGUGCUUCGCCCAUUCGUCACAUUCUUAAUUCACCGUUACUGAAUCGGCGGCAGCGGAAGAAGCAGCACACGGAAAGUUCGGACGAUGAGAAUCAACUGUUGAACCAGACGGAUGAUAGUAGCGGAGGAAGUGGGAGUAACGGCAACAAGCAGUAUCGAGACUUGGAAACGUUCCAGAAGGCACAGUUGAGACAGAAGCUAAAACGAGGAAAAAUCGAACCGAAUGGGAUAACCAGCUCCUUCCAGCCGCAGGCACCGGUGAGGCGUGAAUUCGUUAUGCACAACAAGGCUCCCAUGUGGAACGAGAACAGCCAGGUGUAUCAGCUGGAUUUUGGAGGACGCGUGACGCAGGAAUCGGCAAAGAACUUCCAGAUUGAGUUUCGUGGAAAACAGGUCAUGCAGUUCGGCCGGAUCGAUGGCAACGCGUACACUCUGGAUUUUCAGUAUCCGUUUUCGGCGCUGCAAGCUUUUGCCGUGGCUCUGGCAAACGUUACUCAACGGUUGAAGUGAAGUUUCUUCACCAAUAUGCUGCAACGUGAAGCUUUGGAGCAAUGACGAAAAACAGAAAACAAAAUCAUUUACAUAUCACAUAUAACAUACGGCAAGCAUCGUACGAUUUAGUGCCGCUACUUAAUAAACUCUCUUUCUCUGUUAUAGCACUGUUCUGCAAGUUAUAUUAUCUAGGUGCAUUUUAUUGCUAAUGGAAUGGCUGUUGAAUAGAUGUUGCCAGCAGCUGUGAUGUGUGAAUGUUGAUCGUUGUGUGCGCAGCUUUAUAACUGGUGGAGUUCGCUAAACAUUUAGAAAAGCAAUUUCCGUUCAAAGCCUGAAUAGUUACUAAUUUGUAUUUGAUGCCAACAGCUUUCAUAACAUUGGUUUCAAAUAACUCAUCAAUACGUACACGCGUUGAAUUGUAGGAUGUUGGAGAUGAACUCUUAUAAAACUUCACAGCUUUUCACAUAUCAUCAGUGUAGUUAUUCAUUGUAAAAAUGUAUUAUCUAGUAAGGGCAGCAUUUCAAUUCAGUAGGUGUUGGAAUUCGUACUCAUUGAAUAUGUUAGAUGGAGCUGAUAGGACUUAAGCCGCUUAUAGUUAUUCAAGCAUGGCCUAUAGAAUACAAUAGAUAAUGUUCAAAAGAAGGUCCGGAUAUAUGUAAAUACUUGAAUCGCCAAAUUAGUCUGACAGAAAUUAUCUAGUCGUAGUCGUUAAGCUGCUGCCAAGCAGUCGUACUUUUUGUGCAAUGUAAGGAUAAUACAAUGUAACUUAUAUUAGGGCAACCGAAACACUACCAAAGAUGCGUGUUUUUUUACACCAAUAAGCGCUUAUAUACCGUACUCGUUUAACUGAUUGUUUUCAAAACUGUUUCAUAUUUGUUCAAUUAGUCAUCUAGUCAAAUUAUUUGCCAUUUUGUAAACUGUUUCUAGUCAUUUUUGUCUUGUUACCUCUGCGUGUGUAGAAACGUUCCUCUAGUCAAACUAUACAAGUUUUUUUAUGAUAUCGUUUUUUUACUGCAUUGAAUUAAAUUGAACAUUUGUUUUUCAUUAUAGUGAGAAUUAUUCGCGGAAACCAGAUUUUUCUACUUCAAUAUAGCGUCCUAAUAUGCUCAGAAUUGUUCUACGUCCUACGCUUCAAUUAUUGCUAACCCCUAAUUAGGGGCAUUAGAAUUUGUUUUAUCAAAGUUUUGCAUUGAAGAUGCACGCGGAAUAUGCCCUAAUUCAUUUCAACCAUACAAAUCCACCAAUAAUCAAAAGGAAUUUGUAUCUUGAAAUCUUGGAUAUUGUUACCUGUUGAAUUGUUACUGUCAAAUAUGUAGGGUAAGUAAUCAAAAUUUGAACUAAAUUGCGGCUUUCUGAAGCAGUGCAAAUUUUAAGUGAUUUUUUCUCCCAUAUGGAAAUAAUUUACUACGGCAAAAUCGUAUGUACAUGAAAGCCACGGGUAUAAGCUUUCUGUUAGAUGGUAAAAAGUUUGUAUUUGCACCGAAUUUCAUUGAAAUAUUUGAUUUUUCAUCAACAAUGAUUUUAAUCUUAAUUUGAACCAUCGUAAUCAUAAUUUGAACCAAUUUUAAUCUUAAUUUGAACUACUGGCGGCAGCAGCUCGAGCAACUCACAAAACAGCCAAUUUCAUGCUAAACAAUGAAAAAUCACAUGAAUCUGCUAAUUCUCAUACCUAGUUUUCAUUAGGCAGUGGAAUCUCAACUCAGAAUGUUCGAAAUUCUUCAGAAAUUUGGAAACUAAAUUUUUAUUUUUUCAUCCUCCAAGAGUAAACAAAGCAACCACUAGCGCAAUCUACAGGCCAACACUAGAAACUCACCCCCGUUUACUAGUUCAAAUUUAGAUUACAAAUGGUUCAACUUAAGAUAACAUUCUCCAAGUAAGAAUCACUUAAAUUCGAUAAUUUUAUGACAAAUAAUGCGGAAUAUUAUUCGGUUGGUCGAUUCUACGAUAAAUAGGCUUUCAUUUGACGUGUUCACAUAUUGCGUGUGAUACAAUGCAUGAGCUGUACGAGUGCACCGAAAAUGUGCUUUCUGUUGGGGGAAAUGGGUGAAAUCACAGUGAUUUUUCAAUUGCCUGUUUUCCAUGGCAAAAACGCUUUUUUCAAUGCUUUUGAAGUCCAUGUUAUCAGGUUAUAUUACGGAAAGCUGUUUAACAUCUUUUUCGGGAGAAUAUUUGUCUGAAAAGUACGUCAUUUUAAUGAAUUAUGAAAUGGUUCAAAUUAAGAUUACAAUUUGACUAGUUCAAAGUUUGAUUUCUUACCCUAUCUGGUUUCCACGAAAUAUUCCCAUUGAAGCAAUUUUCAUGGUGUAACACAACUUCGUAAAACGUGAAGAGAUGUUAGUGAUCGCAGCAACAAUUAUAACAGGCUUUUGUAGUGUAGCUAGUUUACCAACCAUUAAACUAUGACUUGAAUAUAAAACUGAUAACUGAAAAAAGCUUAGGAAUACAAUCCAUCCAAAGCCGGCAAGCAUGGAUAACGACAUAAAUGCAAAGUUUGCCAACAGGAAAAACCCGAAAUGAAAUUGAAGCUUACGCAGCAGCUCUUACGUCCGUUUUAACCGAAGUCAACAACCCUGUAAUAAGACAACCAGUUUUUGCAAACCCCACAACAGCUAUUAUACACAUACACAGGACAGCAGUACAUAAUAGCAAAAAAAAUACAUUUGUUGUGAUAGAUAAACGAAACAUGAAUAGCGGUCAGAUUUUGUGCGAAAUCUUUUUGUACAGAUAUUUUUUACCGAACCGAGAGCAAGCUUACCGAAAAGGCGCCCGAAACAAAUGGAUACCGAUGCCGUAAGAGAUAAUAAACGGAUGUUCUUAAAUUUUUACGCGCGUUUGUAUGUUUUACAAUCUUUCAUGCAAACCAAACCAAAUAAUUCGUUCCGUCGUCGGGUAAAUGCAAAUCCCUGCGUUUUGUAAUGUAACACUUUUGCCGAGGUCCUUUUUUAUCGCGAUUUUUUGCAACAACCAGAUACCGAAUUGAACGUUUAAACAAAAAAAAAAUAACAUCUAAACGAUAAAAACGUUUGGAAAUUGAAACAAACAUUGGUAUAUAUAUAAACUAAAAUCAAAGAGGAAAGUAAACGUCGUUGGAAAAAAAAAAUCCAAAUAAACCAAAACUCAAUCAUACCCGCGCUCUAGUUAAAAAAGAAACAAAUAAAAACAAAUUGCCCGUUAACGAGAAAAAUAAUUAAACUUUGUGUAAUCCACUGAAAGCAGUCACGAAAUAAAAACAUUAAUGUUCCGAAACGAAAAAAACUGUA